AUGAAGACUGCCCUACUGCUGUGUCUAGUGACCGCUGCCUGCAGCGCCGCCCCCUCCACGAGGCAUCGCUGGCUGAAGCCUGCCUACCAGGGCCGCAUAGUGGGAGGCGAUCUCGUGGACAUCUCGCAGUUCCCGUGGCAGAUCUCCCUGGAGAGCCUGGGUUAUCACUACUGCGGUGGCUCUAUCAUCAGUGCCACAUGGGUGCUGACUGCCGCACACUGUUUCGAUAUUGAUGACUUAACCACUUACUUAGCACGAGCAGGAACCACUGUAAGAGAGACUGGUGGCUCUACCUUCCAACUCGCUUCCAACGUGGUUCACAGUGAAUUUAGCUGGGUUACAGGGGAGUACGACAUCGCUGUCUUCAGCAUCUCUGGAUCAUUCUCAUUCGGUAACAAUAUUCAGACGAUCAGCCUCGGCACGACAGAACCUACAGUUGGCACAUCUGUCACGAUUAGUGGAUGGGGCCGCGUAGGCCUGGGACAGCCUGGUUCUACGCAGCUGCGGGCUGUCAGCACGGUGGUCGUAGACAGGACCACGUGCGGCGCCUCGUGGGGUGACGUCACGGAGAACAUGCUGUGCACGGGCGGGGACGGCAAGGGCGCGUGCCAGGGCGACAGCGGCGGUGCGCUGGCCGUGGGAACCACGCAGUACGGCGUAUUCUCGCGCACGUUUUGCUCCAACAACGGCGUCCCUGACGUGUACACCAACGUCGCUGCACUGCGGUCCUGGAUUACCAGCAACACAGGCGUCUAGCCUGCUACCUCCACUGCACGCCAG